GACCAAUUCCAAUAUGGUGGCCAGCUUGGCAGGUCUACGGUUCCUGUUGAUGAUAUUGUUGUUCUGCGGGAUCAGGUACGGCGCCUGCAGCCAGGAAGCUCCGCUGGUUCUGGGGCUGCGACUGGAAGACCCGACCGGUCUGGUGUGCAUGAAGGAUCGGAUCAUCUCGGCGCCAGAAGGAGCCACGUUCAAGCUCCGUCUUUUCGGGACUGAGCUGGAUGGAAACUGGACGUGGGUGGCGUUCGCAGGGGCAGCUGGCGGAGCCGCGGGGUCGGUCGGGGAUGCGCCUGACCCGUGCGAGCUGGAGUCAAACCGCCAGGAGUCCCCUUUCCAGGUGACGGGUCAAAUCACCCAGGACGAGGAAAACAGCCGGCUGGUAGACGUAGAGGUCCGGCAGAGGAGCAUCUCUGGCGGCGAGCACACCUACUACCAGCUGUGCGUGCUGAGCGGAGACAAAUGGGCUUCUGUGGGCUCGGAAAGACUGCAGAUCAGCGGUCCAUCCGCAGACUACAUCCCGCCGUGGGGUCUGGCCGUGCUGGUCGUGCUGCUGCUUCUGGUCUGCGGGACGCUGAGGAUAGUGAACCUGAGCCUGCUGUGGCUGGACCCCGUGGAGCUGUACGUCCUUCACAGCUGCGGAUCCGAGGAGGAGAAGCGGGCCGCCAAGCGCCUGGAGCCGAUCAGGCGUAGGGGCAACUUCUUGACGUGUUCUCUGCUGUUCCUGUGCGCUGUGGGACACUCGGUCCUCGGCGUCCUGCUGUACCGGGCGCUGGGCUCCAUCGCCGCGGCCGUGUUCACCAGCGGCCUCCUCAUCUUCUUCCUGGCCGAGCUGGGUCCCCACAUGCUGUGCUCCGGUUACGGGUUCCAGCUGGCGCCGGCUCUGACCUGGCUGGCCCAGGUUUGCCUGGUGCUCACCUGCCCCCUGUCCUGCCCUCUGGGGCUGAUCCUGGACCUGGGCCUGAGGCGGGACAUCAGCACCUGUGGGAUCAGGGAGAGGACCAUGGAGAUGAUCCGCACAAGCGUCAACGACCCUUACAGCGAGUUUGUGAAGGAGGAGUUCAGCCGCGGGAUGCUGCGCACUAAGACGGUGGAGGACAUCCUGACGCCCCUGAAGGACUGCUUCAUGCUGCCCAGCUCGGUCGUGCUGGACUUCUCCACCAUGUCUGACAUCAUGCAGUGCGGGUACACCCGGGUUCCCAUCUACGAGGAGGAGAGGUCCAACAUCGUGGAAAUCCUGUACGUGAAGGACUUGGCGCUGGUGGACCCGGACGACUGCACCCCCAUGACGACCAUCACCAAGUUCUACAACCACCCGCUGCACUACGUCUUCAACGACACCAAGCUGGACGCCAUGCUGGAGGAGUUCAAGAAAGGCAACUCUCACAUGGCGGACGUGCAGAAGGUAAACAAGGGGAGGGCGCGACCCUUUCUGACGAUUGAGCUGGGAUGGGGGACGCGGGAGGAGGAGAGGGAAGAAAGAAUCCUGGAAUCGGAGUCCGAUGGAUACCUAGACAGGAAGGUGAAGCGUCCUCUCGCUCCGCUGGAGAUCCCUCUGGAGCCGCGCGGCGUCACCGACGAGUUCUCUCUCUUCAAGCCUCCCGAAGGAGACGCCAAGAUCAGGACCUCGCCACAGCUGCUGCUCGCCACGCACCGCUUCCUGUCCAGAGAGGUGUCCCACUUCAGCCCCGGCCGCGUGUCGGAGAAGGUCCUGUUCCACCUGCUCCGUCACCCCAGCGUCAACCAGGAAGUGCACUUUGAUCCAAACAACCGGCUGAGCCCGGGUCACUAUCUCUACACGCGCAACCACCCGGUCGACUAUUUCAUCCUGCUGCUGCAGGGUCGUGUGGAGGUGGAGAUCGGUAAAGAGGGGCUGAAGUUUGAGAACGGAGCGUUUACUUACUACGGCAUGUCUGCGCUCACGCUGCCAUCUUCAGUGCACCAGUCUCCCGUGUCGACGCAGCGUCACUCUCCCAGCGAUCCCUUUGAGUCAGCAGACGCUACGAGCCCAUCCAACUACUGUCCCGACUACACCGUCCGAGCUCUCACCGACCUGCAGCUAAUACGGGUGACCCGUCUCCAGUAUCUGAACGCUCUCAUGGCGUCGCGGGUCGGUCCGAGCCCAGAUCCUCCCGAGAUUAAGAUCCUGCCCAACAGUCAGACCAAGCUGCUCAACGAGAGAAACGCCACGCAACAAGGUGCCAGUAGCGCCCAGGAGAGGUUCACAGAAGAGGAGGCUCAUGGGUAGUGUGGUUCUGACCUGCUUCAACCAAGUAGAGCUUUGUUUUUUUUUGUUAGUUUUUAUUGCUGAAUCAUCUAUGGCUGGAACGUAGUUAUUGGACAAGACUGGAGCGAGAGUGAUUUCCUUUGUUAUUUAGAUCUGCUGCUCACACAUCUCAUCUCCAUCCCCAUUCCUUUGUAUCAUUUACAUUGCAAUUAUUAUUUUAAUGCGUUUUUUUUUAUACACUUUGGACUACAUGUGUGUGUAUAUAUAUGUAUAUACAUGUAUAUGUAUGUAUGUAUGUAUGUAUGUGUGUGUAUAUAUAUAUAUAUAUAUAUAUAUAUAUAUAUAUAUAAUUUUAAUUUGGCGGUGCCUUUCUUUCAGGGUUACUACUAAAGUCUGAAUUGCCAUGUCUGGUUUUACCUGUCUGGGUGCCAAAGCUACGUGUGUGUGUGUGUGUAUUUGUGUGUGUGUGUGUGUGUGUGUACUGAAGCAUCCGUCCGUUUGAGACACAAAAACAAAAAGACAAGUUGGUUACAAGCAGAUUUGCACAUUAGAUUUGUGCACUGUUGAUCGAGUAUUAAGCUAUUUUACAAGCUGGUACGCAAGGUACGUCCACAUUUUUGUGCGUGUGUGUGUGUGUAACAUUUCAGCUUUCAGUGGUUGGUUUAAACUUUUGUUACACAGUUUUAAGGCCAUUGUAGGUAAAAUAGUCGGAGGAGGGGUGGAGUAACGUGACGCGCCACAUGGUUGUUACUAGGGGUGGUACGGUUCAUGAAAAAACACCAGCACCGUACGGUUCGCUUGUCUCGGUUCGGAGCGUGUGUGCGUAGCGCCGUUCGCCAAUACACUUCCAAUGUGCACUAACCACUUCCUGCCGUUGUGCCCUCUUUCAACACCUAUGUUAAAACACAGCUGGGUUGCUCUCGAAUUUCAAAACCGACUCUAAUGGCGUCUCGUUGUGAAUACAAUCUCAUAUUUUACAAAAAUAUUUCACCGAAACGUGUUUCUGAAAACAUUUUAAGCGAAAAAUAGACUGUUGUUGCUGAAUCUGUCUUCAUUUCAGAUCGAGAAAGGUCAUUUUAACAGAUUUUCGGCAGAUUUUGAGAGGCGGCGAGCCGACCGCUCCUCAACGGUGGAGUGUGGAGUGCUGCAGGUCACGUCACCUGUAUUUUUGUAAGAGCUACACUGAAGUUGUUAGUUUGAUAAAUGCAAGUUAUUUCAAUUGUUAUAAUGUAAUAUUUCAAUCUUCAUGUGCUAAAAAGGGCACAUGUGUUCCUGUAAAGGGCGAUACACACUCAUUCUUUUGCCAAAUAAAUGAAAAUCUUGUUGAAAUCAUCAUCGUCUUCCCUCUUGCUGUAAUCAAAAACCCCAAUAAUGGGCUUAAAGUCAAAUUCAGUUUGUGCAUGAUUACAAGAUAGAACUAUGUUUUAAUACUGUGUCCUACAUUGUGGAUAAUUAAGAUAUAUAUCAUAUGCUGAAGUAUAUUUUUGGAGUGUUAAAGAUUAAAAGAAAAAAUAACGACAAGAACCGUACAGAACCUAAAACUGUGAGACGAACCGAGCCGUGGGUUUUGUGAACCGUACCACCCCUAGUUGUUACACAGAACCAUCUGAGAAGCCGUCAUUGGAAACUGUUUGGAAAAGGGCGGGCACUUUCCAAAAAAAUACCUGGCAGGUGAUUGGAUGAACCAUCUGUCUGUCACGUCACACACACUAAACCCUAAAAGAUGGAUUUUCGUGUGAUGUGUCAUUCUGUAAUUCUCGCGUGUUAUCGUAUUAUUCAGAGAAAAUGCGCAAUUGAAGUUGAAAAUUUAGGAGAAACAAACUAGGAUAUUCUCUGAAAUUAUAAAGUCAUAAAUUUGCGUGAAUGCCUUGGAAAUUUUCUCGGAUUAAAGUCACAAACAUA